AUGGUGACAAGUCCAGCGCAGAAGGGCCGCAGUUCUGUGGCAUGCAAGGCUUGUCAUGGACAGAAGCUCAAAUGCAAUGGAGGAACUCCGUGUCAGCGCUGCCAAGUGCGCCGUCGGGAGUGUGUCUACCCGGUCAAGGAAAAGUUCACGACUGUGUCGGAGAGCUAUUUGCGAAUGCUCGAAAAGGAGCUGGCUUCCGUUCGGAGAGGAUCAAAUCAAUCGCCCUCGAACUCGUCACAUGCACCGGAGCCUAUUCAAACAGACGUUCACAGUCCCGACUUUGCUGCGCCCAUGUCUCCUCCAAAGACCAGUAGAACCAUCAAAGAAGAGAUGCCGGAAGACUGCAGCACGGAAAAGUUCUUCCAUACACUACUUUCUCGGAAGGAGAAAUACACAUACUCUCGUCUCAAGUUCGACUUUUUGCAUCCUGAGGUGCAUCUCAGACUUCCCCCAAGACCAUACGCAUUUCACCUCCUCCAAGCUUUUGAGGAGGGCUUCAGCGAAUACCAUUGGUUUCUCCGCAAGAAUUUCCGGGACAGACUGAUGUUGACAUAUUCUGACCCCAGUUCCCAAUCCAAAGACCGCAAUUGGCUCUGCAGAGUGUCUGUUGUUCUGGCUCUAGCUGAAAGCUUCAAUCGGUCUCGUAUGACUGCAUCCACACACAUGCAGCUCACUGGAGAACAGCCUGCUAGUCCCUACGGCAUCCUGCCUCCGAUAUCUUCCUCACCAACGUCUAACUCGGAGUCUUCUGAAACGCCACAAGCACCACCACCGCCGCCAGGGUCAGACUAUUUUGAGCAGGGUUUGAUGCUGCUGAAAAUGUCGUCCGAGGAGCCGGUCUCAGAAGAUGUUGAAGCUCUCAAUCUCAUUGCAAGUCAAAUCCGAAGUCACCAAGAGCCAGAGCUGACCGGUUUCAAGGCUUUCUAUUGCUAUUCACUGAAUCGGAGGAAAACGGCGUACUCGUACGCUAGUCAAAGCUGUGCCCUUGCCAAGCUCCUGCAGCUUCACAAACCAGUGACCGCGCAAACGCCAACUGACGCAGACCAGAAUGUUCGAAUUAUGAAUGAGCACAGAAAGAGACUUUGGUGGACAUCAUAUUGCAUGGACCGAAUGAUCAGCACCGAGUUGGGAGUGUCGCCCGCUCUUGCAUCUGUCCCCGAGGGAAUGCAACUACCGUGCUCAGCUGGGCUCACUCCUGAAGACUUGGAACAGUUCUCGAAUCCAAGUCUUCUGGCUGCGUCAACUCAGCUGUGCGAGAUAAAGCGUCAUGUUGUAAUCACUGCCGCGCAACAUUCAGACGUGGAUGACGAGAGGCGACUGAACAUUGUCAAACCUUGCAUCGACAUGCUCCAGGAUUGGAGAGCUAACUUACCGAGCAACAUGACCUUCACGUUUGAGGAUAGCCUUCCUACCAGACUAAUGGAAGCGCAAUACGGGCGGAUCCUGGCCUCGAUCUAUAUGAGAUACCACCAGGCAGGUCCCGAUCUUGGCUAG